CAAGUAUCUUUGUUAAUAAUCAAACCUUCAACAUGUACGGCCUAUCCGAUGCACAAUAUGGCAAAGAUAACGUUCGACUAUACAAGGUCCAUCGUGAUGCAGGCACGGGUGUGCAAACUGUAUACGAACUGACAGUCUGCGUCUUGCUGGAGGGAGACAUAGAAUCUUCUUACACCAAGGAAGACAACAGCGUUCUUGUCACUACAGACGCAAUCAAGAACACAUGCUAUAUCGUUGCCAAACAUAACCCCGUCCACCCUCCAGAGCUAUACGGCUCGAUCCUCGGGAAACACUUCAUCACUCAAUACAGCCACAUUCACAGAGCCCACAUCGACAUAACCUGCCAUACCUGGGAACGAAUGACGAUUGAAAACGGGCCACACCCGCAUUCAUUCUUCCAGGACGGGAGCGUCAAACGGCAGAUCCGCGUGGAUGUUACCAAAGCUUCAGGCAUCGAUAUCACGUCGGCUAUUUUUGGCCUCAGUGUAUUGAAGAGCACCAGGUCGGAGUUUUGGGGAUACAUCAAAGACGAAUACACAACGUUGCCGGAGACAUGGGACCGCAUUCUGAGUAGUGAUGUUGAUAUCAAGUGGAGAUGGAAGCAUUUCGAAGAUGUUUCGGACGUUGAAGCGAAUGUCUCGCAUUUCGUUGAGGCGUUUGCGAAGGCGAGAGACGCAUCCUUCAAGGCGUUCGCGGAAGAUAAUAGCAUGAGCGCGCAGGCGACCCUGUACAAGAUGGCUGAGAAGUUCUUGGACUGUGUUCCUUUGGCUGAUGCUGUGGAGUAUUCUUGGCCUAAUAAACACUAUGUGGAGAUAGACCUGAGCUGGCACAAGGGCAUUCGGAACACAGACAAAGAUGCAGAGGUGUAUUUGCCGCAAUCGGCACCAAAUGGCCUGAUAAAGGGGACUUUGACUCGUUCUACUCUCGAUAAGAGCAGAUCUGCGAAGCUUUGAUCAGAUUUGGGGAAGAUAUAGAUGAAGAGCUGGAGUGAUGGAGAGAGCUGGAGCUUAAUAGAGUGUUGCG